AUGACCAAGCAAGAAAAUGAGGCGGAAAAGAUUCGGCGCAGGACGUUCUGCAGAUCUUACCUGAUAUAUCAGGCAGAAGUUGAGGAGGAAGAUCCAAGCCCUCGUGAAAGUUUGCGAAAGUGGGCUUUACGGUCGAAAUUUCCGCAUUCCCACUUGAACGAUCUGCUCAAGGCUCUGAAACCGUGGUUGCCUGACCUACCUGCUGACGCACGAACGCUGUUGCGCGCAAUCGCUAUCAAAGGAAGUGCCAUAGGGCUUCCUCCAGUAGGCAAUCAAAUGGUACGUAUUAAUAUAUGGAUGCUAUUAUUAUGUAACAUAAAUCUUGAUAUGUUUACUUACCACUGCGAAAUCUUUCCCUUUUAGAGCCGCCGAUAA